UACUGUCCAAUAACACUCACAUAAAGAGAAGCCAAUUGAUUAUUUUCCUAUAAAUCUGUGCCAUAAGUCGAACAAAAACCACAGAACAGUUCACAAUGGCGCCAACUAUCAUUUUAAUCCGUCAUGCACAGGCUGAGCAUAAUGCUACCAAGGACUAUUCCAUCCCGGAUCCCGCCCUCACCGUCCUCGGCGCUGGUCUCCAAUGCGACGCCCUCCGCGCAGCCCUCAAGGAGCUCCCCCUAGAAAUUGACCUCAUCGUCUCGAGCCCCAUGCGGCGCACCCUGCAGACUACCACUAACGCUCUCGGCUGGCGCAUGGCAGAAGGCUGCCCCGCAAUCGCCCUCGCUGAGUUCCAAGAGAACUCCGCGAAGCCAUGCGAUACGGGCUCUGACGCCGCGGCCAUGGCGGCGGAGUGGCCGGCGUUCGAUUGGAGCGAGGUUGACCCUGUGUUCCCUGCCAAGACGGGGCUUUAUGAGUUUUCGAAGGAUGGGCUGACGCGGAGAGGGGUGGAGGCGCGGAAGUGGUUGAGGGGGCGGAAGGAGAAGGUCAUUGCUGUGGUGUCGCACGCGGGGUUUCUGAGGGUGGGUGUUAGCUAUUGCCAAUAUGCCAAUGCGGAUUUUAGGGUCUUUGAGUUUGCGGAGGGGGAGGAGGAGGUCGGGGGGAGGCUGGUGGAGUGGGAGUUGACGGAGGAGAGAGCGGGUGGGUUGGGGAAGAGCGAGAAGGGUGUUUUUGGGUGGGAGACGCAGCAUUUUCCGGAGGAGAAGGUGGAGGAAGGGGUUCCGGCUGAGGAUGCGCAGGGCGCGAGCGCGGUGAAAGUUGCUUCGUGAGGGUGAGGAGAGGGGUUUGGUUUGAGGUGGCAUUUUGGGAAGCGAGGUGUUGGCACGUUUUGGUGCGACGUGAGAUUUGGAGAGGCGGCACGUUUUGGUAUGGUAUGGCAUUUGGAAAGCAUGCUGUCAAUAUGCGUUCUUGCGUUAGUUUUGGAGGCGGAUAGAUUUCCUUUUGGGGAAUAUUCGUUUCUUGCAUUAAAUUAGAGGUCUGAUAGACUUUUUUUUAGAUAAUAUGUAUAUUUUAUAUUUUGUCUUAUUUUAAAUGCUCGGAGAAUAUUUCCCGAAUUUACAGAAG